UUCUACAUCGUUGUUCUCAAGCUAUUUUUUCAUUAGUUCCUCCAUCUUUUGACUUUGCAACAUAUCAAAAAUGAAAGAACUCAGCAUCAAAAUUCUCUCCAUUUCUCUAGCUGUUUUCUCAAUUAUUUCAAGUGAAACAAACUUGAAAUCCAUGGCCAUGAAGAUGAAGUUGUUUGAUGCACAUUGUCACCUUCAAGAUCAAAGGAUGAUAGAUAAGGCUCCCCAACUUAUUGCAACGGCCUAUGGAGCUGGGGUUGUUUACUUUGCUGUCAAUGGAAUAACAGAGAAAGAUUGGCAUUUGGUGAAAGAAAUGAGUGAUGAGUAUUACUCUGUGAUUCCAAACUUUGGGCUCCACCCUUGGUUUGUUCAAGGAAAGAGUCCCUCUUGGUUCAGCACUCUCAAGGAGUUCUUUGAAGCUAAUCCUUCAGCUGCUGUUGGGGAGAUUGGUUUGGACAAAAGCCCACUGGCGCCCAAGGGGGUUGAUUUCGCGGAUCAGAUUGAAGUGUUCAAGAAACAGAUUAAACUUGCGAAAGAGUUGGAAAGACCAGCAAGUGUGCAUUGUCUUGAUGCUUUUCCUGAGCUUCUUCGGAUAAUGAAAGAUAUAGGACCUUUUCCAUCUGGUGUCAUUCUUCAUUCUUUCCAAGGUCCUCCAGAGGUGGUACCUGAACUUACGAAGCUUGGUUCCUACUUUUCAUUCUCUGGACAUUUAAUGCCCUUGCAAGAAAACAAGGCCAGAAAAGUUGUCAAGGCGGUACCCUUGGAUAGAAUCUUACUGGAAACGGAUUCACCUGAUGGGCUACCCAAAAACCCUCUUUUUCUGGUUCCUGGAAAUGAUACACUAAAUCAGCCAGCAAAUGUUCAUAGUGUACUGAUUUAUAUUGCAUCUUUACUAGAAAUGAGUAAAGAAGAACUCGCAGAAAUAAGUUUCAAGAAUGCAGUUCGCUUAUUCUCUUUCCAAGGUUCAAAAAUUCCCUUAGAAUGAUCAUCAUUUCUUGGUGUUGGAGGAAACUGCAAUAUCGUUAUUUAACUAAUAAUGUAUGAAAUUCCACUCCAUCCUUUUCUAUGAAAAUCUUGGUUUUGAUAUUCGAUGAAUGACUAUUCCGUGAAACAAAUUUCAAAAUAAAAGAACAAUAAUCAUUCCACUAACCAAAUGUCAGUUUGACACCUGAACCUGAUGGUUGAAAUAAGCUGUCAAUUACUUAAUUUCUCUUACAUAAAUACCAGAUGUAGCAGGCAGGAUUUGGCAACUUGGAGUUUUGACUUCUGCUAGGAUUUCAGAAUCCCAGCGAACCCAAAGUACUUAGCAGCAUCAUGAGACUAGGUUAGCAAUGCUGCAUCUCAGGCAUAGAUAACAGAAACAGAAGGAAGUGACAUCAAUAUUUCAGUCUCAAAAUGACUUUUAAGCUUUUUACUGUUGGCCGAUUCACUAUUGAACAACACUAGUUUCCUGCAACUAUUUCAUUGGAUGCUUCAACAAACUGCCAUUCCAAGUCAGUUGAUUUCCAAAAUGGUUCAACUGGUCAAUGUAACUCUAAUCUUCAAUGGAAUAUUCCUCCUUCAGCCGCUUUUUCAUGUUCUUGUUGCUCUUUUUGGCUUCUGAUGGCAGAGGUACUGCUGCAACAGGGUCUUCAAAGUAAAAACUUUGGUAGCACUGAGGGAGGAACUUUAACCCCUCUGAAACUGUCUAUCAUUCAAUACAUAAUUUCAAAAUUUGAUGCUGCGAGUUCUUCAGAAUGAAAGAGCUGCUCAAAUGCACCAACAGGUCCAGGACUUGCCACUUUAAGUGCUAUCGUUAGUUCCAAUGUCUAACUAAGACAGAUCCCCUGCCACUGAAAGGCUAGUCAAUAAGCAUAAGCUCUAAUCACUCUCUAGGAGAAGUUCUUCCCUACACUUCUUGUGUUAGCCUGUAUAUGCCUGACUUAAAAACUAUGGAACAUAAUUUACAAAGGAACCUCUGUUCUGUCAUCUGACUCUGAAUCCAUAUCCAAAUCCUUCUCCACCUUUUCUUGCUUAAUAAACCGAUUAUUAAUCCGGCUAUUCUUCAAAAUCCUACCUGAUUCUUUUACCAAUCGAAUGUAUUUCUUCCUCACUCCCAACAAUGGAUGCCUCUCCAUACUAGACUUACCACAAUAUGCCUCCUUAAGAAUUGCAGUACAAGUCUUGUUCUUAAAAGAUAAAUAAAACAUACGAGGAUGCCUUUCAAAUGCUUUAUGGACUUUCUGUGGCAACUCAAAAUAUUUCUUAAGACACAAAAGCUUCUUCCGUAGUGCUGAGUGUUCAACAAACAAACUCAACAACUCGUGAAGAAUCCCUUCAACCCUCUUCUCAGCUGCAUCACUAUUACGAUCUAAAUGUGAAAAAUCCUCAUAAGGUGAAACAUAAGGAAGUUUUUGAAACUCUUUUAACCAACCUUCGAUCUUCCUCUUUAACCUUAAACCCUAAGAUGGAAAAAUUGGAAACCCAAUUCCUUCCAUUGUCCCACCAAAAUACACACCAUUUUUCGUCGCAUUUCUUUGCAUUGUAGACAAUACUUUUUCCCCCUCACUCUCAACAGCCAAUCCUUUUAACUCAUCUUCCAUGUCCAUAAACGUAAAAGACUCAUCAACAUUCCCUUUUGAAUCCUCCAGAAACCCUUGAGGCAACCCCAAAUACCAUUGCAUUCCUUUGAUAAUCUUCAAAGGCAAAACCUUAUCUUUACUCAUUAAAAUAAACCUUUUCAACCUAUCCUUCUAAUCCUCCUUGCAUUCCUCAAAUACCCUUUUCUCCUCUCUAUUAUUCUAAGCAGCUUCUGGGUCAACCUAAACCAAGGCAAAAUGUAUUCAGGACCUCUAAACUCCUCAAAAACUGAAGGGUAUUGCCUUAGGAACCUAGCAAUCUUAAUGGAAAUAUCAAAUUCUUCGCCUCUUCUUGAUACAGCAGAGAUGGGGAUGCAACCGUUGGGGUCUUUAGCAAUUAAGUUUUUGAGUUGAAUAAUUAGUUUAAGCUCUAUGGAUUUAUGGAUGUGCACUGUUGAGUCAAAGAAUGGAUCUUUCUUCCAUUUCAUGUACACAUUCACAUAGUUGUGAUUUUGGGAGUAUCUAAAAGCAGGUUUUUGGUGAUUAAAAAGGGAAAUGAUUGAAAAUUUGGAAAUAAAGAUUAGUUUUUUAAAGUGCGUUUUUGAGUUUGAGUUCUGGAAAAACAUGGGUUUUGGGCAGUUCGAGGGAUUUUUCAAAUUCUUACCAAGUUAAGGGAGAGCGGCUAUGAGAGAACGGAAUAGCAAAGGUCAGGACUGGAGGGAGCGGCUGUUCACCGUUUUCGUGGACAAUCUCAGCCUCAACCUUCCUUGGCAGUAACUUAAGGGUAUCUUUGAGGAGUACGGAGAGUCAUGGACACUUUCAUCGCCAAGAAAGGCGGCGAGUCAGGGAGAAGAAGAAGCACUUUCGCGUUUAUUCGGUAUCGCUUUAAAGAUGAGGCAAGAAGUGCGGUGACGCUGGGAAAUCUGAGGUUGGUGGACGGCCACAAGAUCGUGGUUAAGAGGGCAGCGUUUGGUUGGAAGGCCAGAGAAGGAAAUGGGUAGGUUCGGGGCCAAACAAUAGAGUUGGUGGCCAGAUUUGGGAUAGUGGUAGAGACUCCAGAUCUUACAACGAGGUGGUGGAAGCUGGACCCUCUAUGAAAACAGUGGAGCCUCAACGGCGGGAUAAAUUAAAAGAGGUCCGGAAUGGUACUAGAGUGAUUUCCAUUUCGCUGCCUGAGAAUGAACCUGAAUGGCUCCGCCGAAGCACAUUUGAGGAAAGGGGGAAAAUGCAGCGUUCAUCCAUGACGACCCAGAUGAGAGGUGGUUCGAUUCGGUGCAGCCGUAUUACGGACUGGAAGUGGAAGACAAGCAGUUGCAAUGGAUUAGAAUCCACAAGGUGCCUUUGAUGUCCUGGAACGAGGAGUUUCUUAGAAGAGUUGGGGAAGUAUGGGGCGUUUAUCAGCGAAUGGAUGGGGCAACCGCAAGGGCGGAAAGAUUUGACGCUGCCAGAAUUCUGACUGGAAAGGAAAAAGACCCAAGAAAUCCCAAAUAUUCCCUCGCUGCUGGUUAAUGGAAACCGGGUGGAGGAUUUAGAAAUUGUGGGUCUAAGGAACAGCUGGAGCAAAAUAGAGCCUCAAUUCAAUUCCAUCCUUGUACAUUCAUAAGGGUAAUUUAUGCUAGUAAUCUCGUUAAUUAACCAAAAUUAUUGACAUGUACUUGUACUUGGUUUCGAUAAUGUCUUGAAUCA